UCUCCACUCGACCCACUCCUCCUCUCCGCCGUCGACUCCUUCCUCUCCCAACGCCGCCGACUCCUUCCUCUCUCCUAAGCCGAAGUAGAUCCACGAGAUCAAGAGGACCAAGGACGCCGUCAAGUUCAAGGUGCACUGCUCUAGGUACCUCUACACCCUCUGUGUCCACAACACCGACAAGGCCAACAAGCUCAAGCAGUCCCUCCCCCCAGAGAAGUGAGAUGGCUGGCUUGGAAGGUUUCGAGUUCUUCGAGAUCGUAAUUGAGAAAUCUUGCAGUAGGCAGAGGCUGCCUGACAAGUUUGGGAAGAUGCUCGCCGGCCGUGAGCCCCACAAAGUGAAGCUGCAGGAGGCCGGCAGCGGGUGUCGCAGGCUGUGGGAUGUGUUGGUGGUGUUCGACGGCGAAGGCCACAUGUACCUAGGGCCCGGCUGGGAGCAAUUCGCCCGCGCCCAUGAGCUGCAGCUCGGUCACUUCCUUGUCUUCCGCUACAACAACGACGCCAUGUUCACCGUGAAGAUGUUCGACAACACCAUGUGCCGCAUGUACUACCAGCACGACGACGAUGCCAGCAAUGGGAGCAGCAGUGGGGAUGACGAGGAGCAGAGUGGGCAAGAAGAGGAGCAGAGCGGGGAUGACGAGGAGCAGAGCGGGGAAGAAGAGGAGUAGAGCGGGGAGGUGCAACCUAUUCUGGCUCACGACGAACUUGCUAUGGUGGUGGCCGAUGACGACCCUGCUAUGGUGGUGGCUGACGACGACCUCGCGAUUGUGGUUCCUGACGCUGACCCUGCUAUGGUGGCUGACGACGACCUCCCGAUUGUGGUGCCUGACGACGACCUCGCGAUGGUGGUGCCUAACGAUGACCUCGCGAUGGUGGUGGCGUCGGCGAUCCCACUGCUGGGCGACAGGACAAUGCCAAUUGUGGUAGAGGAGUACAUCCGCGUCGGCAUUCGCCACUUUGAGCGCAUCAGGAUGAUGAAGGAGAAUAAGGAGAAGAACGAGUGAAGAUGUUAAGAAAUCAAGUGGCAAUGUUAAGCAUGUUAAUCUGAACAUGUCAAUGUUUAGUAUGUCAGGUUUAAGCUUGUUAGUGUAAACCUCUUAAGUAUGACAGUGUCAGCCAAGCUUGGUUUGAAAUUGAUGAAAAUUGAAAUUUUAUGCA